GGCAGAAGAAUCCCUUGAACUCAGGAGGUUGCAGUGAGCCGAGAUGGUGCAUUGCACUCCAACCUGGGCAAUGAGAACAAAAUUCCAUCUCAAAAAAAAAAAAAAGCUCAAUCCCUUCAUACCAAUUUCCAAUAAUACUUACAUCACAAAUGUAUAGAGAACUCCAAUUUUCUUUCUCUUAUAAAGCAAGAACAAUUACUUAAACAUUUUUAUGUUCCUCGUGUAACUAGUUCAAAAACCUCACAGUGGUAAAGAGAUAAUAAAAAAAAUCUUGGAAGUGUGUCGAAAGGAAUUGCUAGAUUUUCACCUGAGUGUCUUGGGCCGGUAUUACUACAAAAGAAAAAUGCAACUGGAGUUAGACAAUACCAUUACCUGAAUGAGAAAAUCUUAUCAGCCAUUCUUUUAAAAAGAUAUUCAUAAGACAUAUGCAUCUGCAAAGUAAAACAUAUGGGUGCUCAAAUAUUUGCUGAAUGUAUGAUUAAAAUGUUUAAGUUAAUCUCAAAAUUAGAGUCUAAAAACUUUUCUCAGGCUAACAUAAUCAAAAUUUUGGUUCAACAUUUCAAAAACAAAGGUCUUGUGUCCUCUGCCUUGAUGAGCCUGAUUUGCUAAAAAGUCAAUCUGCCAUGCAUCCUGAUUUUGCGUUUGGCAGGAAGUGUCCAAAAAAAAAAAAGCCUCUUUCAGGGACAAAAGUACCGCUUUCACUGUCUUCUGAUGGUCCAGUAACAAAAAUAUAGGAUUAGGCACAUAAAUAAUCAUUUCUUGAUUACCAUAAAAGGUUCAGAAUAGACUAAAUAAAAUUACUUUAAAAACAUAAACUACAUCAAUAUCCACUUUCCAGCAACAGAGAUUUCUCAACAUAAGCAUUAUGUGACUAAAGCACCCCUGACAUAAAACUUUAUCCAGCUUUUGAACACAAUCGCAAACACUAAAAGACCUGACAAGAAUGUUAGUGAAAAAAUAUGUUCAUUAGGGCCAUAUUCUGUUACAACAAAUACAAAAAGCAAAAAUAUUUUCACAUUCUUAUCAAUGGUCUGCUUAUAGAUCCAAUAACCCAAAAAAUAAAAACAACCACCGCCCUCAGUAGUCUGUUUCUCACAGUUGUAUCCGAUCAGAAGUGGAUGGACCCUCUUUUUAUCGUUUAUCAAAAUGUAAUAACAUUCUUGAUUAAACACACAAUUAAACCUAUUUAAAAGUCUCCUCCUAAAUAGCUAACUGUUCAAAUCUACGUAUAAAUUAUACACGCCCCAUCAACACACAAAACUUAAGAAACUACACAAUAAAAUGGUUAGCAAAUAGGUACAUUUUAAAUGUUUGCAGCUGACUUGAGAACAUUCCCAUCUGGCUGAAUGUCUCAUAGUAACGUGACUCUCUAUCAAUAGUGAGCACAUGAGUCUUCCUUGGCACCCAGGUCUACACUACUUCAAGGUAUGAGCACACUUUAAAGAGUCACGGUGGAAGACUGGAUUACGAAACCAUAAACAGUAAACACAGCACAUCCACCAGGCGGUGGAAGAAACUAUAUAUUCCACUCAGAAGCUGCCAUUUCUACUGUUGGUUAAUGUAUUUUUGUUUCUACCAAGGAAGCUGUGAAAUCCGCGUGCACACCCAUCUCAAAUCUAUCCAAGGCGCGGGCGCAGGCUGAGUCAUUCCUAGGAGUAACUUUACACUGAUCGUCGCACUCCGGGGUCGGGACAAAGACAUCAUCUCUCCGGUUCCUCCCACUCGGUGCGCUUCGUUCGGCCUCGGCCAAACUCCUCUCUCUUUCCUCGAGUCCAACACAGCUUUAAGGGCUGAUCCCUGGCAGCGAUGAGCACAAGUCAGGAGGCGUCUCGGUGGGUUCGGACGUCCCUCGCCCUCGGCCACUCCCGCAACUCAGCUGGGUGCUAACCCGCAGCGCAGAGGGAUGGAACCCAAGGCUCAGGCUGAGGAAGUCGCAAGCAGCCCCGCAGCAAGCGAGCCCGACCCACACUUCCCGCAGCCUGGUGGAGCAUCGACUCGAACCGCUUUUGUCUCCACAGGGGCCGUAGCGCCGGGAAGGCGGCCAGUGGGCAACACCUGCCGGAGCGGGAGGCGCCGGGGCCCUCAGAUGCACACACCUGCGCGUGGGCUGGGCUCGAGCCGGCCGGGACCCUGGACCCCGCGCCCCCGGUCCACCGUUCCAGGGCCCGCCGCACGACCACUGUACCAGAUGGGGGAAGGGGACGCGGGCGGCUGCGACACUUACCCGGCAGCGCCUCCUCCUUCGCCGGCAGCAGCAGCAGAGCCAGCGACCCCCGGCACCAUCUUCCGCCGCCGCCUAGUCGUCGGCGGCGGCUACCGGCCGCCCAUUCGGCACUGCCAACCGACACAACCGCCGGCGUCCCGGGCGCCCGCCCGCCGCGGCCCCGAACUCUAGGCAAGAGGGAGGGGUCGGGGCGGAGAAGGACGCGUGCAGGCCCCUCGGCUCUGGGUCUGGGGCCGGGAGACAGGGGGCCGCGGCCUGUCAGAGCCGAGGGGCCCAGGCAAAUGGGGAACCCUGAGGCAACGCCGAGGGCUCGGCAGGGCCGCGGACACCGCCGCGGCUGGGUUUGUUAUUGUCGACUCCGUCUCUUCCUCCGCGGCGCAUGCCGGGAAACGGCCGGCCGGGGGAGGGGCGCGCCUGGAGGCGCAGAGAAGCGUCUGCGCAGGUCCGGAAGUCGGCAGACUGCCGGGAAGGGGGCGGCCUCGCCUCCGGCUCUCGGCCGGCCAGGCAAGUUGGCUGUCCUGGCCUGACCCUGUGAGACUCCGCUGGGGCCGCCUGUUGUGGUGCUAGCUGCCGUCCCAGCGCGGACUUUCCCAAGGUGAGUUUGACCUUUGCGACAGCGAGUAGGUCCGGACAGAGGCCGACCCGCCAAAUGUUGGAUCGGUCCCAGGUGAAAGAGGGCUUGUCCCCUUCAGCCUGUCGCGGAGGAGGGCAGCCAAUCGAGGGUCUGGUGUCAUCUCCUGUCCCGGUGCAACCUGCGGGCUAGGCCAAGGUCUGUAACAGGAUAACGUACCUGCGCCUGACCCAGGCGUUCCUCCCGGCAUACCCGGACCGCCGGGACUGCGUGCAGCUGGCAAGCGUCCCCCAGUUAACUCUGCAAGGGUGGGGCGGCACAGUUUUUCUCAGACCAGGUAAGGCAAGAAAACAUCCAACAGAGAAAAGAGUGGAGGCUGGGCCGAUCGGAGUGAAAAUGUAAACACCACAACCACGUUUUCAGCUUUACAACUAUUGAAUCUUGUAGUGGGUCUAGUGAGUUAUUGCUUAGCAUGAGCACCCUAAUGUUUGGGAGACAGUUUCAGAGGACUCUUGGAUUUGCGCAGAUGAUCAGUCACAGGCAAUGACUUGAAGCCACAAGGCUUGAAUAUUAAAAUCUGAUGAGCAGAUGUUCCACGUAGAAUAAUACCUGUUAUAUCCAGGAAUACCUGCUAUGAGUAAAAUCUUAGAGGUGCCUUCUCUAAAGUUAUCAGGACUUCUGAGUUGUGUUUGUAAAAAUGAGAGGCACAAGAGGGCACCAAACUGAACUGCAAUGUUAGGUGGAAACUGAAAAACAUUGGUUAACAUGAACAAUUUCAGUUUUCAGUCACACUGACCAGUAUCGGAACGUUAUGAUUGAGAUGGGCUGCUCCUAUUUAUUUACUUUUAAAUUUGUGCUGCUAUAUAUCCCAAACAAAUCUGGUUGAUCUUUAUCAUCUUUGGCAAGCCAUUUUACUUAUUGUGUUUGUUAGGCUGGAAUUUUAUUACACCACCCCAGCAAGAUAGAGCAGAAAAGUGAAAAUUAAGCAGUAAAUGGUUAUUAUGCCUUAGGGAAAGAUGUGAGCUGGCAAGACAAAAGAGCCUAACUUAGUGGCACUGCAUAGUAAUCAGCACACAGAACAUAAGUGGUGAGGAGGAGUUUGGCCAGAAAAUUGGCCAAGAAAAACUGCAACAUGACCAAGAAUGAAAAGAAAAAGUAA